CCCAAGCAGACGGAACCUCACCUCUUGACUGUGCUUGUCUGUGGAUGAAAAACGCAGUGAAAGGAAACGACUCGGUGGGCAAGAACUUGAACCGAGCCACAAUACCUACUUCCAUUGACGGACCACAGGGCAACUUUUUUUCUUCACUCGAAUCCCCCAAAUUAGCGUUCAGAAUGGCAUUUCUGUACCCCGCUGCUUACCGUGACGAUGCAGUUGUGGAUGAUUAUCAUGGUUAUAAAAUUCCAGACCCAUAUAGUUGGCUAGAGGACCCUGACAGUGAGAAGACACAGGCCUUUGUCACUGCUCAGAAUCAGCUUACAUUGCCAUUUUUGGAACGCUGCGAGGUACGGGAUGUGUUCAAGGAGCGUAUGACUGAGCUGUAUGACUAUCCUAAAUAUAGCUGUCCGUUCAGAAGAGGAAACAGGUACUUUCACUUCUACAACACUGGCCUCCAGAACCAGAGUGUGAUGUAUGUACAGGAGAGCUUGGACGCAGAGCCUGUUGUCUUUUUGGAUCCUAAUACAUUUUCUGAUGACGGAACAGUUGCUUUGCGAGGCUACGCAUUCUCGGAAGAUGGAGAGUAUCUGGCGUACGGCACUAGCGCCAGCGGCUCAGACUGGGUGGAGAUGCACUUCCUGCGGGUGGAAGGUGCAGUGCUUCUAGAGGACCGUCUGCAAAGGGUCAAAUUCAGCUGCAUGUCAUGGACACAUGACGGAAAGGGCCUUUUCUAUAACUCUUAUCCUGAGCAGGAGGGCAAGAGUGAUGGCACUGAGACUUCUACUAACUUGGACCAGAAGCUAUACUUCCACGUUUUGGGAACACCGCAGUCUGAGGAUGUGCUGUGCGCAGAGUUUCCCGAUCACCCCAAGUGGAUGAGUGGAGCCGAGGUUUCAGAUGAUGGCCGCUAUGUCCUACUGUCCAUCAGGGAAGGCUGCGAUCCUGUCAACAGAUUGUGGUAUUGUGACCUCAAGAAAACCCCUCAGGGAAUUACAGGACUUUUGCCAUGGGUGAAACUUAUUGACAACUUUGACGCUGAGUAUGAGUACGUUACCAACGAGGGCACGGUUUUUACAUUCAAGACCAAUCUGGACGCCCCACGUUACCGCCUCAUCAAUAUCGACUUUGCCUCGCCGGCUCAGAGCGAUUGGGUGGAGCUCAUCCCUCAGCAUGAUAAGGACGUCAUUGUAUUUGCCACCUGCACGUACUCAAGCUACCUUUUCGUGUGCUUCCUCCACGAUGUGAAGAAUGUCUUAAAAAUGUAUCGUCUCAGUUCCGGGGAGGAGCUCAGGACCUUUCCCCUGGAUGUCGGCUCUGUGGUUGGAUUCACAGGAAGAAAGCGCGACUCUGAGAUCUUUUACUACUUUACAUCCUUCCUCUCGCCAGCUAUCAUUUAUCACUGCGACCUGACCAAGGAGCCUCUGCAGCCUCACAUCUUCAGAGAGGUCACCGUUAAAGGCUUUGACCCAUCUGACUACCAGACGACUCAGAUCUUCUACUCUUCCAAGGACGGAACUCAAAUCCCCAUGUUCAUUGUACACAAGAAGGGCAUCAAGCUGGACGGCUCCCAUCCCGGAUUCCUGUAUGGCUACGGCGGCUUCAACAUCUCCAUCACGCCGAGCUACAGCGUUUCUCGGCUAAUCUUUGUACGGCACCUGGGUGGAGUCCUGGCCGUCGCCAACAUCCGGGGUGGAGGGGAGUAUGGUGAAACCUGGCACAAAGCGGGCAUGUUGGCCAACAAGCAGAACUGCUUCACAGACUUCCAAUGUGCAGCCGAGUACCUCAUCAAGCAGGGGUACACCUCUCCGUCCAAGCUCACAAUUAACGGAGGCUCAAACGGCGGCCUGCUCGUAGCGGCGUGCGUAAACCAGCGGCCCGAUCUGUUUGGCUGUGCCGUUGCGCAGGUCGGGGUCAUGGACAUGCUCAAAUUUCACAAGUUCACUAUCGGCCACGCCUGGACUACCGAUUUCGGGUGCUCAGAAGAAAAGGAGCAGUUUGAGUGGCUUAUCAAAUACUCCCCUCUCCACAACAUCAGAGUUCCAGAGGACAACGGGGUCCAGUACCCCGCCAUCCUCCUGCUCACGGGCGACCACGACGACCGAGUGGUGCCACUCCACUCACUGAAAUACAUCGCCACCCUACAGCACAUAAUGGGCCGCAGCAGCAAGCAGUCCAACCCCCUGUUCAUCCUCGUGGACACAAAGUCGGGCCACGGCGCCGGCAAGCCCACCAGCAAGGUCAUCCAGGAGGUUGCUGACACCUACGCCUUCAUCGCUCGCUGUCUCAAAAUUUCCUGGGUUAAAUAACUCACAUUUCCUAUCAACGUAUGUGUGCACGUGUGUAUGUGGCCCAUCCUGUCCCGCACAUUUGUCAAAGAACUCCAGCUGCACUAAUGUGCAGUUGCCAUAACGCGACAAGAGGGGGCAGGACUACCGUGAUCAGCCAAUCAGCUGCAGUCAGGAGGCUCAAGUGGUCAUCCAUCAUGCUCCGCCUGCAUAUUAUUUAUUACCGAUAUCAGCUUGCACAUUUCUCAUGAGGCUGCACUGUACAAAGGUGUGUGAAAGUGAGUUUGUGUUUUCAUUUCCCCACUAAUUCACUGAUUUCUACCUCUUGAUGUAGGCUGAUGGUAAUCAUUUGAACGGGUCGAAACACAAUAAAAGAAAACUUUUUUUUAGCAGGGAUGAAUCUAUUCAGUGGUGCCUCUUUAAAAUGCAACAAGUAUCCUUAUGGCACUGUGAACACCACUCUCACCACACUCACCAAUAUUUGGUAUUCAAAGCUGUUGGCGAGUGGAAAUAAUUUCAUUACACACUGAUUUUUUUGUUGUUGAUACAUGUUAACACUUUAACAUAAAACCAAACAACAAACCUUAUAUUUUCAAACCUAAUUGGAAUUGAAUAAAUAGGAUAAAAAGAACCUAUUUUGCUAUCAAGCACAAGGGCUAAGUCACCCAAAAAGCUUUUUUCACCACAGAGUGCAGUUAUUAAACACAAAUAUUUAGAAUGGCAUAACUACCCUAAAAACAACGGGGUCCUUUCUUUUGAGGUCCCAUUGUUCAGUUGGAACAAAACACAAAGUUCUGCUCAUGCAAUUGGGAACAAGAUUGAACAUAAAAGCAGAAAUAAAUUGAGAUCAAAAAGCUUAAUUAGAAAAUUUUUAAUUCAAAAUGUUUACCUAAUUUACUAAAACGAUUGGCAAAGAUUUGUCAUUUUUACGUCAUGAUGUAGGUAUUCUGCUUUGUGGCCUUGAGAUGGCGCUUUAGAGCAAAUAAUUGAAUCCCUGGAACAAAACCGCUUCAGCACCUGUUCAUUCACUAUCUAGGUACCAUUCAUAAUUGUAUUGUACCUUUAGUGCAUCGGGCGGAUUUACUUAUUUACUUUCUUUAGAAGACAAACUAAAUACUCAUCACCUUAUAUGCAUUUACCCACGCUACAUUAUAGUUGUCUAGUGUUUUCAAAAAUAUUUUUUGUGUAAAUCGGUAACGAUGUAUUGAGUAUUUCGUUGUAAUCGUCGUGUCCACUGACGUAGAAUGUAACCUUUUAUUCUUUCAACUGAAGGAGGCGCUAUGUCAUUUAAUUCCAUUUAAAUGCACACGAUCUAUAUAGGAGUACUAUGAGGCAAGAAGUUAAAAAAAUAUAAGAAAAAAAAUCAGACGCAAUGUAUGGCUUUUCGUUGGUGGGAAUUACAAUGAAGCAUUUUUUUUUUACCAAAAUGUGUAAACAAAAAGUCUGGUGAAGCCCAGAAAAGAGAUGAGGCGUCCUGUGAAGGGGUUUUGAGGGCACCAUAGUUAUUUUGCACCUCUCCUUUUAAGUGCUA